AUGGACCCACCGGCACCCGAAACAUUAAUGCGCGCGCUAGAAAUGCUGAAUUAUUUGGCUGCAAUCGAUGAUAACGGUGAAUUGACCCAACUCGGUUCACUUAUGGCUGAAUUCCCACUCGAUCCGCAGCUCGCCAAAAUGGUUAUCGCCUCAACUGAGCUGAAUUGUUCCAAUGAGAUACUCAGUAUUACGGCUAUGCUUUCAGUACCUCAGUGUUUUGUACGUCCAGCGGAAACGAAGAAAGCUGCCGAUGAGGCGAAAGCUCGAUUUGCGCACAUCGAUGGGGACCAUUUGACGCUGCUGAACGUUUAUCAUGCAUUUAAACAGAGUUAG